AUGUCAAUACCCAACGAAGCUCUGCAGAAGCUUCUGCAAGAGAUAGGCCAGAAGAGGGCCUUUGCUGAGCAGCAGCUCGGCAUCGUCAAACAGCAAAAGGCCAUCAAAGGUCGAGAGAGCCGGAUGCUGCAGCUGACUGCAAAUGAAGUCGAAUCUCUUCCAAAGGAUACCAAAGUCUACGAGGGUGUAGGCAAGGUGUUCGUUUGCACUCCUAUACCGGACGUGCAGAAGAGACUCGCAUCAGAACGGGAUGCACUCAAAGCCGAGAUGAGUAAUCUGGACAAGAAAGAGGACUAUCUGGAGAAGACGUACGAGAACAGCAAGAAUAGCCUUGAGCAAGUGCUUCGUGGUGGAGGGAGCUGAAGAGAUGGAUAUCAAGGACGAGUGAGAGGAAGAUUGACCCGAACCCCCGUCGCGGCCACAGGUUGAUGACAAGGAACCCGCAACUUGCGGUCUCGUCGGCGCUCUCAGAUAUCUGGAGGGUUGGCAGCGUCGUGACUCGUUAGCCUCUGGUGUUCGCGCGAGAGAACGCCAUGUACAGACGACCUAGACACUCUUUCUCGGGUUUACACAGUGAAAGAGGAAGGAAAUGUCUUCUUGGCUAUGAGAAAUCAGCCCUGAUCCCGAU